AAAUAAUAUACUUGCUAGCCUAAGUUUAUAGUUUUCCUACAAUGUCUGCAAAAUCAGCCGUAAUUGGAACUCCGGCGGCGGGAGAAUGGACCACCGGAUUAUGUGGUUGUUUUGAUGAUGCAUCGAACUGUUGUGUCACUUGUUGCUGUCCUUGUGUUACCUUUGGAAGAAAUGUUGAGAUAAUUGAUCAAGGAACUACUUCUUGUGUUCAUGCUGGUGUAAUAUACUAUUGUUUGGCUCAUGUUGGUUGGGCUUGUAUCUACACAUGCACAUAUCGUACAAAAUUGAGAGCUUUCUUUAGCUUGCCAGAAGACCCUUGUGGAGAUUGCUUUGUCCAUUGCUGCUGUCUUCCUUGUGCUGUUUGCCAAGAAUACAGAGAACUCAAAAACCGCGGUUAUGACCCCUCCCUAGGAUGGAUGGCUAACGCUCAGAGAUGGAGUCAAGCUGGAGUUACUGUGCCUCCCCAUAUUGCACCAGGAAUGAAUCGCUAAAACACCUGCAGGCUCAUGUGUUCUACUUUCUUAUUUAUUCUGUUGUUUUGU